UCGGUCGGUAAGUUAGUUUUCUUCCUCCUUGAUGGUUGCUUCAUCGUGAAUGUUGAACGUCCAAGUUGUGUGUGUUUUGCCAAGGUUUUGCCGAAAAUUCACGCUAAAGCCCUUAAUGUGAGCCCCCAAGAUUAUCAAGCGUGUCCCAAGGCCAAGUUUGUGUGGUUUCGUGAAGUUUUUCUUUGAUGAAUUCAAAAUAAAAAGAGCAAGUCAACGACACCACUCUCCAACCAAUAGGUUGGAUCGAUGUUUGGCUUCUCCUUGGCCACACAGCUAUUUCAAGGUUCGGCCCAACGUACUUGGAAUUGUGUUACCCAAUUCACGAAUUUAAUUUGGUACAAAUUCAACCACAUACGGCAUCCAAUCAUGCCCCGCUCGAGGCGAAGACACCACUCCCGGUCCAGAUCCAGGUCCCGGUCGCAUUCCCACGACAGAGAUCGGGAGCCUAAGCGGAGAAAAGUCGACAGUCUUGAUAGCCCCAACCACAAGAGAUCCGUGAGUUGUGAACCUGAAAUUCCUUCAACAACAGUUGAAGAACGUGAAACAAUGGAAAUUUCAAAUAAUGACGUCACAAUCGACGAAUCAAACGAAAGCACAACUGAAAUUUCCAAAACCGAUGAAUCUCAAGAUAAUUUGGACGACAGCUCAACCAAUACCCCUCAAAAAGAAAAGACCCGAAAAGAGGAAAAACUGCUCAUAACACCCAAAAAAACAAUGAGCCCGAAACAGAUCGAAUCGGAGAAGAAACGCCAACAGAAGCGCCUCGAGCGUGAAGAACGCGAAAAAAAGAAACAAGAAGAACGUGAACGCGUCCGCCUUGAAAAAGAAAAACAAAAACAAGAGAAAGAGAAACAAAAACAGGAAAAAGAAGAACUCAAAAAGAAGAAAAACGAAGAAAAAGCCAAAGAGCGCGAACUAAAAGAAGAACAAAAACGCAAAGAAAAGGAGGAGAAAGAAGCGAAACGUAAGGAAAAACAAGAGCGUGAAGAAACCAAACGUAAAGAACGCGAACAAGACAAACUGCGCAAACAGCAAGAAAUCGAGGAGAAAAAUCGCGAAAAACAAAAACUCGAAGAACAAAAACAGAAAACGGCCCAAGCGUUUGUCAACUUUUUCGUUCCGAAGAAAAUCGAAACGAAAGUUGAUGAACCCAAAACUAGGCUUUUUAUGCCGUUUCAGGUGAAAUCCGAUAUGAGGUUGGCACCACUAACGCGACACGUGUUGUCGGUUGAAGGGAAAAAUAAUCUUGAUGAGAGUUUGGUGAAGAAUGACUUGGACGUGUUAUAUUUGAGUGAAUUGAAACAAGGGAGGAAGACUGGGACGUGUGGGAGAACGUGGCCCUUUGAGGAGGAUGUGAUAAUCGUUGAGGAAGAUUUUGGUGAGAGUAUUUGCGAAGAUAAGCAGAAGAAGAAGAUGAGGGCCAAGUUUUUAAAGUUUCAUGAGAAUCGAAGGCCGGCUUAUUACGGUACGUGGAGGAAGAAGAGUUGCGUUGUUAAGCCACGAAGACCGUUUGGUGAAGAUAGGAUUUUUGAUUAUGAGGUUGAUUCGGAUGAUGACUGGGAGGAAGAAGAGCAAGGGGAGUCACUGAAUGGGUCUGAUGAUGAAGAUAAGGAGAAUGAGGCUGAGAAUGAAGACUAUGAGGUUGAUAAUGAGUUCUUUGUGCCUCAUGGUCAUCUCAGUGAUGAUGAGGUUGAUGAUGAGGCGACGGCGAAGUUGUCACCGGAGUCGCAUAAGCAAAAGUUGAAGUUGCUGAAAGACGAGUUCGAUCAGGAUAUGCAAACUAAGACUAACAAAAUUAAACCGCGGUCGAUUGGCUGUAUUUGGUACAAGAGAGAUGGGUCUAAUGUUGAUGAGGCGAUCGAUAGACAUUUGAGACCGUUGGGGAUCAUCAGCAAUGGUCAGAUUGUUAUCAAGAAGAGGAAGGAUCUGGUUGGCUUGACUCCAAAUCGGAAAUACGCCAAGGAAUUACGAGAGGAUUUAAUUCCGGCCUUUUUGAAACUCAUCCAAGGGAAUGUGAACAAGAGAAAGAUGAUUGUUGAUGAGUUUAUUAGCUAUAUGCAAAAUAAUGGGUACACAGUUGAAGUGUCUAAAACCUAUCUCGGGAAGAGGUUGAAGCAGUUCGCUCAGUGGAAGAAGUGCCUUGAGGAGGGUCCAAUGUUGAAUAAGUUUUGUUGGUGUCUUGAAGACGAAGUUAAGAAGAGAUAUUUGGAGUAUAGCCAAAGGGCGCACAGAUCGCGUCAGUAUGAGCGAGGUUCGAGUGCGGAACGCCGCUACAAGCGCAGCCAUCGUCGAUCUCCGACGUCCAAGAAACGCCAUCGCCAUCGUCACGACAGGUCGUUGUCUAGACGCAAGCACAGCCGCCGUUCAUAUUCGACAGAUCAGUGUUCAGUCGUAUCCCGGAUAGUUGUACUAAUCACACGUCAUCGCGAAAUAUGCCCCAGGGGCUCAAUGUACGCCACCGGGUUGUCGUAUAGGUACCAUCGUCCGGACGAUCGGUACACCAAUGGUUCCACUGGAUGGGACAAGAACGGCGGUGAUCACACCGCCGUCGCGAUGGCGGCGCCGAAUUCCUCGCGUAGGACGCGAUAUUCGCGCUCGUCAACGACAAGUGUUGCACAAUUAUUGAGCGAAUCGUGUUCCACUCUCCUACAAAAAUUGACAACGAAAGUGAGAGGACCGUCAGAAUCAUCCUCAACGGCCACACCAAAGAGGAGUUUUAACCCCUUAGCGACUAGCAAAAGUAGCACAACUAUACCUAACUUCGGUUCGACGCGAACACGCCUCGAAGACAAGUAUUCAAGUGUCUUGGAGAAGAUCUACGGACGGAAACGGGAUCCCGAACGGACGAUUGAACCCUCACUUGCCAAAAGUGCGACCACUUCAAACGUACUACUUGCGGAAAAAACGUACCCUUAUGUCAGCACGCGGGAAAAAACGCCGUAUCGAAGCGACAAAAGCCGCAAUAAUAAUUACCGCAAGUACCAGGAACCACCGUACACUUACCUGGACCAGGACUCCGCUUAUCGGGUCCGUUACCGUUCGAACCAUUCCGAGCUGCGCCCGCGGCGGGCCUCAAAGCCCCUGCUGCGGGCGGGCAAAAGCGAGCUUAACGAUCGAAAUUUGAAGCUUCACGCCGUUGAAAUCCCGCUUGACGAUGGGCCAGUGCCCGUCCACAUCCCCAAACCGCAAGUUAUCGAUAAUGAAACGACGCCAACGCCUGCCGUUCCCGAUCCGUUGUCGGAACGGGAAGCCAAACGUAAAGAAAUUCAAAGUCUGAUUAUGAAAUAUUCGGCGUUAGACGAGGUGUAUAAUCGGGGUGUUAACGGUGGGGCGGUUGCGGUACCACCGACGAGUUCAGUCUCGGGGGCUGCUACCGCCAUUGCUAAGAAAUAUCAUCCGGCGGCGUCAAGAUACGCGGUUAGCUCACGCGCGCCCUCAGUGGAAGACGAUGAAGAAGGCCAUCUCAUUUACCGAUCGGGAGACAUUCUUCAAGACCGAUAUAAAAUACUUGGCACUCUCGGCGAAGGCACCUUUGGCAAGGUGGUUAAAGUGAAGGACCUUGAAAUGGACCACUCAAUGGCAUUAAAAAUUAUAAAAAAUGUGGAAAAGUAUCGAGAGGCUGCUAAAUUAGAAAUUAACGUUUUGGAAAAAUUGGCCGAUAAAGAUCCAGACUGUAUACACUUGUGUGUAAAGAUGUUGGACUGGUUCGACUAUCACGGCCAUAUGUGUAUAGCUUUUGAAAUGUUGGGUCUGAGCGUGUUUGACUUUUUGAAAGACAACAAUUACCAACCGUAUCCUUUGGAUCAAGUGAGACAUAUUGGAUAUCAGCUGUGCUAUUCUGUUAAAUUUUUACAUGAUAAUAAACUGACGCACACUGAUCUCAAGCCGGAGAAUAUUCUAUUCGUCGAUUCGGAUUACGACUUAGUUUAUAAUAGUAAAAAGAGGAGAGACGUGAAAAGAGUAAAAAGAACUGAUGUUAGAUUAAUAGACUUUGGGAGUGCUACGUUUGACCACGAACAUCAUAGUACUAUAGUCUCGACUCGUCAUUACAGAGCUCCUGAGGUUAUUUUAGAAUUAGGGUGGUCACAACCGUGCGAUGUUUGGUCAAUCGGUUGUAUUUUAUUCGAAUUGUAUCUGGGAAUCACCCUCUUCCAGACACACGAUAAUCGCGAACACUUAGCUAUGAUGCAACGUAUUCUUGGGGAGGUGCCAGUUAGGAUGGCACGCAAGACUAAAACAAAAUACUUCUACCGUGGUAAGUUAGAGUGGGAUGAGAAGAGUUCGGCAGGUCGUUAUGUCCGUGAUAAUUGUAAACCAUUAAUGAGGUACAAACAAAGUGACGAAUCGGACCACAACCAGCUCUUCGAUUUGAUUUUUAAAAUGUUGGAUUAUGAGCCGUCUCAGAGGAUAACGUUGAAGGAGGCAAUGUUGCAUCCCUUCUUUGAUAAAAUCGCCCCGCAUCAACGUUUGGGUGAACAUGGCGCUGGUGACGUCAGAAGAGAUAAAAGCUUGUCGAUGUCGCGAUGAGAGAGAGGUCUCGUGUGUUUUUACACCUAUUUCAUCAUUUUGCAACAGUCAUGUAUUUGAGUAUCGGACAAUAAAAAAGCUGUUUUUAUUCUGAUUUGUACAAUUUGGGUUUGUGACAUGUUUACGAUGUGUAUAUGAGUCGCUAUCUGAUUUCAACUUGUUCUAUUUUCUACCCAUCUUAAGUCCAUAGGUUUUAUUUAUAAGGGUAAUUUAAUGAAUGUUACGAGUUACGUGUACAUAUUAAAUAAUAAAGAUUUAAUUUUUAAA